AUGGCCGAAUGGUUACCAUAUUCAUACGUUGUGAAUCAAGUAGCAAUCAUUGUGCUCGGUCUUUGGGCUAUAGUUCAUCGUGAAAGCGUUAUUCAAGUUGAACUCCUAAUGGUCAUAAAAGCAUUUUCAGUUAUUCUUGAUGCAAUAGCUAUAGGAAUGUAUUUUCAGCUUGGAAGAAGAAGCUAUAGUAUUAUGGAUCAUAGUUCAUAUUUUGGACUUAGUGCAUUUUUUGCCAUAUUUUUACUGUUACUUAAACCGGUCAUGCUGUUAUUUUUAAAUAAAGUACGACAAGAUCGUCUUGGUGAAAAUACAUCGCCUACUUUUGGAGGUUGGGGCGUGGGUGGAAAUGCUGCAUCUGUGCCAGGCUAUAUGCCAGUUGGUGAAGAACAAAUCCGAUAG